CAGUUUGCAAGGACUCUAUAUAUAGCUGGUGAGGGGACUGGGUGACCCAGUCUGACUGCAACACAUACAGACACACUUCUCUGGACCCCAAACACUCUUUCACCUGCUGGCUGUUUCCUUUUUAUCGGUGUACGGUGCAGAGGAGCAUCACCACACCCUCCAUGACACGCUGAUGUGACUUAAAGAAUGGCUAUGCUGCUUGGCAAUGGGAGCUGUUGUCUGUGUCCUAUACUGACAGUCCAUCUUGGUGAAUAUAGAAGUGGCAAUUAAAGGCGACCAUGUGUCAGUCGGAGGUGCCAGAGGCCAGAUUGGGCCUGAACAGUCCUGAUCCGCUGGUGAGAGAGGCUUUCCUGAUGGCCCACGACUACAUAGACUAUGUAACCACAGGGGGGGCAGAUGGCAACAUGGGCCCCGCCCCUACAGCCUGCACCGCAGCCCUGCGCCACGCCGGAGACGAGCUCCUCACGCGCUUCCCCAUCUUCUUCCGGCGCUGGCCUCGUGUCUUCCAGGACGUGAAGGAGAACACGGCCUGCACCAUGCUCACGAGCAUCCUGGACGAGCACUUCUUUGCCCCCGUCCCUGGCGGGCGACGCAGGGACCUGGCCUGGAGCGCCGUGCUGUCGGUGUAUGUGCUGGCUGGCCAGAUGGCUCAGCAUUGCAAUGAGAGGGACAUGGUGGAGGUCCUGCCACAGCUGAAGGAGUGUGUGGGGGCCUAUGUGGAGAGGGUCAUCUGCCCUGAGCUACGAGACAAGGGAGGAUGGAGUGGUUUUAUGUCACGCUUCGGAGAGAAGCAGGGCUUGGAGGGCCAGGUGAAGAAAGUGUGCUGUUGGACAUUGCUGGCAUUGGCCAUAAGCAUCCUCACCUACUUCUUGUGGAAAAGAAUGGUUUAGCCAACAUUGCCACCUAGUGACCACAAUCAGAAACUCUCCAAGUGAGCUACCGACUAUAUAUCAAGAUGUGGGUGUCUUUUAAUUCUGGAAACUUGUCACUCAUCAGUAUAAUUUACGUCAUUGACGUCAUACCAAAUGUUCUGGUGAUAACAGAUGUACUAACCUGUGGUGUAAGAAGCAUUAAGCCAUUACAGUAAUGGCAUGUUGGUGUUAAAUGAGCCAAUGUUGUUUGUGCUGACAAGAGCGGACUGGGAUGUCCUGAAUUUCUGGUUUAUUUGUACUUUUAUUAAAGACACUUGAGAUCAGUUAACCA